AUGCUGCUCAAGUUGUCCUAUGUGCUGGCUGCUACAUGGUUUAAUGGUGCUAAUGUUCUAGCUGCUUCAGAUAAUAGCACUACGCCAAGGAGUUACUCUUCUACUUUCUCCCAAUACAGGUUUUCGUCUCUGUACUCUUCUGCCAGUGAGAAUAAUGGGAGUUCUCAACAGAUGUCGAGUUCCACCGGAUACUCUUCGAGCUUAUUCCAGUCGUCAUCAUUAACUACAUCGUACGUAUCGUCGUCGUACUUGUCGUCAUCAUCUUUAACAUCAUCGUCGUCGGAAUCGUCGGAAUCAUCGUCGUCGUCAUCGUCGUCAUCAAGCUCAAGUUCUAGUCAUACGGAACGUUCAUCAAUAACAGAGUCCUCUUCUUCAACAUAUGAAUCAUCAAGUUCCUACGAGUCCUCCUUUAGUCAAACCGAAUCUACUUCGCAACACCAACCUUCUUCAACAGCAUAUGAAUCCCCUUCAUCUUCCAUGGAUGAACCUUCUACUAGUGCAGAAUCUUCGGCGUCUUUGCUUAGAGCAACUCUAACAACAGUUAUCAACGGUUCAACCAUCCUUUCUGAUAUCUAUGUCACAUUGUCAGCAACAGCCACCGCUAGUGCAAAUAAUAAUAAUACAAAUGCAAAUAAUCAUAGUGGUCUUUCAAAAAAGAAUAGAAAUAUCGUCAUCGGUUGUGUCGUCGGUAUUGGUGUUCCAGUGCUUCUAGCGUUAUUAAUCAUUUUCUAUAUUUUUUGCAUACAAUCAAAGAAGACUGAUUUUAUUAAUUCAGAUGGCCAAGUCGUUACUGCAUACAGUGCAAAUAAAUUUACAGCUUGGUGGUAUAACCUACUGGGGAAAGAUACAAGCGAAAAGUACGAAACCAAAUCCCCGCUUGGUGGUUCUUCUUCAGAUUUAGAUGAACAAUUGAAUGAUCGUUCAUCUUUAAAUAAUGACGAUUCAUUAGAUCUCCUGGUCACAAGGGAUGAAUUUAGACAUAGCAGAGGCCAUAGCUUAAACCAACUCCCUUCUCCCAGAUUACCAGCAACGACAAUAGAUAGAAAUGGAAGUAUUAGAACAAAUCAAAACUACAAUGGUCGUGGAACAAUAAGGAUACAGAAUGGAUUACCAAGUGAUUUGAAUGAAGAACCAGAUCAUGUGGACAAUGCCGUAAAUGAAAACCGUAAUAGUCAUGCUAAAAGUAAUAGUGACUCAAGUAAUUCGAAUUUCACCAGUAUCGAAGAAAAUAAAUAUUACGAAGAUAACGAUUCGAAUGAAAUUAAUCCAAGAAACUUUUAA